AUGAUGAAAGCAGCUGUUAUAACCGAAUAUGGAGCUUUGUUGGAAAUAAAGCAGGUGCCGAUUCCUCAACCAGGACCUAAUGAUGUUCUCGUUAAGCUGAUUGCCUGUGGAAUUUGUCACAGCGAUCUUCAUGGAGCUUGUGGCGAUUUUCAUAUCAAACCUCCUCUACCUCUUAUCUUGGGACACGAAGGAGUAGGUCGAAUAGUCGAGUUUGGUGCAAAUGUUACUCCUGAAAGAUAUCACCUAAAACUUGGAGAUUUAAUUGGCAUUCAAUUUCUUCAAGGAACUUGUCUUAAAUGUGAAUUCUGUCUCGAUGGACGAGAAACUCUUUGCAAUACAAAAAUCGCCACUGGAGUGACUAGGAGUGGUGCUUUUGCUGAAUAUGCUUUAAUGAACGCUGAUUUUGCAGCGAAAUUACCAGAUGGCAUGGAUCCGUUCAAAGCAGCACCGCUCUACUGUGCAGGUGUAACCAUGUAUAAAGCUUUGAAAGUUUCACAAGCACGAUCAAACGAUUGGAUUUCGAUCGUUGGUGUUGGUGGUUUAGGCUCUCUCGGCAUCAAGUAUGCAAAAGCCAUGGGCUUUCGUGUCAUCGGAAUUGUAGCAGAAAAGGAUCAGGCUACAACCGAUCUGGCGCUUGAAAUGGGAGCUGAUGAAGUCUAUAAUGGUCCUGGUGAUCAGCACAGUGACUUUGUCAAAGAAAAAACAAACGGAGGUGUUCAGGCAGCAAUUGUUGCUGUUCCUCUUAUUUCUGCAUACGAACAAGCACUACAAUCAUUAAAACCAGGUGGUUGUCUCGUUCUGGUUGGUAUUCCAGCAGAGAAACUUUCGAUUGCAGUGAACGAGUGUAUAGGCAAACAGAUUCGAAUCGUGGGCUCAUUAGUCGGCACGCGAAACGACCUUCAAGAAGCACUUGAUAUGGCACGAAAGCAUAAUAUUGAAUGUCGAGUGCAAACAUGUCAACUUGAACAAAUUAAUGAGGUCUUCGAUAAUAUGAAAAAUUGUCGUUUAACAGGUCGUAUGGCCAUCGAUUUCACUACGAACUCGAAAUAG